AUGAAGUUCCUUGCCAUUCUGGCAAGUCUCACGGUCUUCGCCCUAGGCGCGGACCGUGCCAGCACAUCCGUCGUGUCAGGCAUUCAAGACAAUUAUUUGCUGUCCAACAUUGCAUACAGAUCUCCCUCUCUCACCAUCGGUACUUCGGGCCUCGCUCAUGAUAUCGAUGCCAUCGUUCGUCGGGAGGCGGCUGACUUGUUGCGUCGCAGAGACUUUGUCAAGAGAGCUUCGGGCACUGGCGUCGAUAACCCUACUUCUGUCGGCACGAAUGAGACGUACACUGCUCCUCUAGCCUUUCCUUACGGCAUCGCUUCUGGCGAUCCCCUCGACGACAGCGUGAUCCUCUGGACUCACCCAGAGCCUGCCGAUGGAAAGGCUCAAGAUUUGCCGAUUUGCCUCAAGUGGCAAGUUAGCAGCAACGCCAAGAAGCCGACUUGGACAAAGACCGACAUCAUCCAACAAGGCAACGUCUGCACCACCAAAGAUGUAGAUUGGGCGUGAGUGAGAAAUGGACCGAGUCAUUCGCAACGAUGAUGAGGUUUCAAGCUUUGACCUGAGUCGCGACUCCAUUCCUUAGCGUCAAGGUGGAGGCAAAGAAGCUCAAAGCACGGACAACUUAUGCCUAUCGCUUCUUGAGCUCUGACAAGUCCGCUGGUAGUGCAUCCGUUUCACCCGUGGGAAACUUCAAGACGAUGCCCACACCGACGGACUCGAACGUUGCUUCCCUCGACUUGGCAGUGUUCAGCUGUUCGAACCUUCCCGUUGGCUCUUUUGCGUCCUACGCGCGAGCUUAUGAUAAGUCAUCUUCGCUGGACUACGUGCUACACGUCGGAGACUACAUCUACGAGUCCGGAGCUAGAAUAUCUGCUCCUCCUGGCAGACAAAUGGAGCCCGACCAUGAAAUUGUUACACUGGACGACUAUCGCACACGCUACAAGGCCUAUCACAGAAUCGACGCGGGCCUGAGAAACCUCAGAGCCAGCAAUGCUUGGUUGCCCGUCUGGGACGAUCACGAGGUAGCGGAUCAAGCUUACAAGGCUGGGACUGCCGACGGCAACGACACAUUCCCAGUCCGUGGCGUCAGAUUCACGGAGCGCAAGAGGAACGCAGUCAAGGCUUACUUUGAGAACAUGCCUAUUCGUCAAGUCGACACUUCCGACACUCUUCGAAUUUGGAGGCAAUUCAAGGUCGGAACAUUGGCCGAUCUCAACAUGAUCGACACUAGACAAUACGAUCGUGAUGUUACCGACUUGUACUACAACACGCCUUACAUCGAGAGCAUCUCGAACGACACCGCUCGAAGUUUGAUGGGCGGAAAGCAAGAGAAAUGGCUCUACGACAAGCUCGCUGCUUCUCGCUCCACCUGGAAGGUAAGCAAAGAGUUUCGUGACGGUAGGCCAGCACAAGUCGACUGACUUUGGGACAUUGUCGCGACCUGCAGAUCAUUGGCCAACAAAUCAUUACCAGCCAGGUACAUCAAUUGAACAAACUCAAGCUUACCAAGGUAUGUCAAUGAUGCCUCUUUGCAUCGAUCGUCGUUAUUCCUCUCCCAUUGCUUGCCAAUUCAUUCAAAAAUCCCCAUCCCAAUCGUACAGAACGAUCUGAACUACGAUGCUUGGGACGGAUACACGGCAAACCGAGGUCGCUUUUACGAUGCCAUUAAAAAGACGGACAAUGUGAUCAUUCUUGCAGGCGAUUCGCAUGCAGCGUGGGUCUUUGACACCGAGGAUCCGUACCAUGAGCAAAUCUACGAUCCAGUGACUGGCAAAGGCGCAAUCGCAGUCGAAUUUGCCGGCACCGCCGUCAGCAGCUCCAGCAGCUACGGAAGUCUGAGCAAGGCCGGAUACGCCGAUCGCGCGCAAAAGCUCACGCAGGCCAACAAGAACUUGCAGGUCAGUUUCGAUGGCAUCACAAUGACCGCUUUGACCAAUCCCCUCCGCUUCGAUACCGGUGCUGAUAUUGAAUUCUUGCAUUGCGCGCACAGUUUGCUGAAGGCGAACACAGAGGUUACUUCACCCUGCACAUUACUCCCAGUGCCACCACGGCCAAAUACUGGGCCAUCAACGACAACAAUAAUGGCGCUUCGCCCGAGACUCUCUUGGCCACAUUCGAGGUCAAGAAGGGAGCAAACAAGCUGACCAGACCCAUCAAUGGAGGUCGGAACUCCACUGCUGGAGCUCUGCAGAGCGUCGAAUGGGACCAAAGCAGCUGGGAUGGAAAGACAUUCACCCGAAAGGCCAAGAGUGCCUAA